AUGAAUGAUGUGGUUAAGUGUGACUGUGCAGAUGAUGAGGAAACCGGUAUAACCGCUCAGAGAACGAAGAUGAUAAAAGCAAUGCCCUUCUUCUACAGCAGCCCUCCAAAAGCUCCCCCAAAACCCAAAGCAAAGGGCAAGAAGGCCGUCAAGUCCUCAUCAUCCUCUGAAUCAGACGUGGACUCUGUGUCGCUCGAAUCCUCAACAGAAGAGGUUCAAACCAAAGGCAACCGGCAGACCGGAGAGGGCCGACGAGAUUCGGCUCCCGCGGGCUCUCCCGCGGGCUCUCCUUUGCUGUAGGUCAGAACAGGAUCUCCUUGCAGCCCGGAGGAAAAGAAGCAGAAAUGGCUAGGGAAAAAAAUUGCCCACGCCCUCUUUGACAUGGCAGGUGUGAAGAGCAAAGAGAAAAACAAAGAGAAGGACCUUCUAAAGGAAGAGCGCCGGCCAGUUACAGCUGAUCAAAUCAGAGAACUAAUUAAGCAUCAAAAAUUUGCUGAGGCCAGUCAGCAUCUCCUUCUCAUGGAAAAGGUAUAUAACUGUGACUCGGAUGACAAAAGUGAAGAGAAAAAGAUGGAUGAUCAGAAUGAAAUGGAAGAUCUCUUUGGACUUUUAAAGCAAGAGGUCCUUGCCAUCAUACAGUCCUCUAUCACCUUAGCGCUAUCUCAGCCAGAAUUGUUGCAGAAUGCAAUCAGAGCACUUACAGAGCAGGUGAAGGAGGAUGAGAGAUUUGGAUUGAAAGAAAAAACAUGUGAAACAGCUGUGUGUUCCCACCCCAGAAACUGGAAAGAGGCCUGGAGGACUGCAGUGGAAGUAUCUGUAACUAAGCGAAUGACAGUGCUUCCAUCUGUUGGGAAUGAGAGCAUCUCUACCGCAGCUCACAGCUUCUUGCACAUGGGGAAGACUAUGAAAGAGGAUCUGGUCACAGUGGUGCAAUCCAUUAAACCUCAUUACCCUGAUGAUUUUCAAGUUUGCAGCACUUACGCCAAGUUCUACCACCACUGCUUCUCCUCUCAGCUGGAGAUGAUUGCUCAGUUUGAGCUGGGCAACCAGGACACCUAUCUCCUCCUCACAUGGGUACAGGAUAUUUAUCCCAACAAAAUCAGACAGCACCCUGUCUUAGAGAAAGUACUGGACAGCACCAUUCUUGAAGGCCUCUUGCCAUCCAUACAGAUCAAACAACUUGAAGCCACGUACCAGGCUAAUGAAGUGGAUUCUGUUAAACAUUGGCUGGCCGAGUGUCUCAAAGUCGAAGCGGCAAAGUGGAUGCAAAGGUCGGAACCAGAGAAACUCAAUGGUCAUUUCCACAGUGAACUGCCAAUAGAUGUCAUACAGGUGAUCUACGGUGCUCGAAAACGUGCUGAAGCCAUUACACUGGAGCUGGGCAAACAACUUUCAGCCUUGCUUUUGAUAGAACUCUCAGCCUUUCUGCAAAGGUACAAGAAAGAACUGGACAUUUUCAUUAAGGAGAACAAGCAGCGUCGAUAUUUUGAGGCCACAAUCAUUGCGAACCUUAACAGUUGCUUGAGUUUUCGCAUCUUCACAGAAGAAAACGCAACAUCAGAACAAAAUGAUACCAAAAUGAAGAUUUUUACCACACUUGAUGAAAUCCAGAAAACUGGAUUUGAUGUGCUCCUUCAAGACUUGUUUCAGCAGAUACAGCCUCUUUUUAAAACAUUUACCCAGAAGAAAUGGCUCUCCUGUACUGGCAUCAUGGAUGAAAUCAUUGCAGUCACUAGCCACCAUGUUUCUACAUUCAAGUUUCUCAAAGAGCCUCUAUAUCAGGCUAUCAUGGAGAAAAUUCACCUCCAUUUGGUCCAAGAACAUAUCACCAGGCUCCUGAAGAAGAAGGUCAGUUUGAAGGCUGCCAAACUGCAGAACAGUUUGGCUGAGCUCAUCCAGAAGAAUGCCUCCACUCUGCACACUUUCUGCAUGCAGAACGGGUCCAGUGCUACCUGGCUGAAUUCUGCACUCCCAAGCCUAGCCGAAAUUAUCAAGCUCCAAGAUAUGAGCGCAAUUAUGUUUGAAGUUGGUGUACUUGUUAACAACUAUCCCGACAUUAGCAAGAAACAUCUGUCUGCUCUCUUGUACAUCAAGGGCACCUUAUCCAGCAGUGAAUUGAGAAGCAUCUUGAGUGUGCUGGACAUUGGUGUAAAUGACACUCUUUCCUCUACACCGUUGUUUUCAAAAAUCAGGGCAUCAUAGACUUUGACUGCAGUUCAGUUGAAGAAAACUACUGCCAUCCUCGAGGAACAGUGUUUCACAAAAACCAUACUCUUAGGUGGCAUCAUUCAUUUCAAAAACUAACCCCAAAAUAUGUAGUUUUCCAACGUGCAGUGGGGAAAGUGGCUUAUUUUUUUAUGCCACUACAAGAACAUUGGGGGUGAAAUGGUAGUUAUAUACAAAACACACAGUAGAGAUUCCAUCCAGUAUGGGAUCCUAUGAGUUCUUCAACAUUUCCUUUGCUUUGUUAUCUUUUUAUUUUUUUCCAAUCUAGAUGCUAAAAACGUGAGGCUUUAUUUCCAAUCUCAUAACAUUUUUGCUGUACAGAAAGCAAAUUAUAUGAAAUUUUGUAUGUUUCCAACGCAUCCCGCUCUUCUCUUUUCUGAAGUAAGAUCCUAUAAUUCUUAGCCUCAAUUGAUUUUUUUGUUCUUUUUCUGACUUAGUGAUAUCUUUCAAUAAGGCAUUUUGUGUUAAUUUGCUUAGUUUGCUAGCAUCAGCUAGACUAAUGCACACCGCUCUCAAUAUUGCUUUGAAAGUGUUCCAAAGAAAUGCUAGAGAUAAUCCUGUCAAUGUACUGUUUAGUAGAAAAGUUCAGUUUCAUAUUCAAUUUUCCUUAUACAUAGUUGUAAUUGCAGCAGUCAUUCAUUUAGACCCCACAGAAUAAUUAAUGAAUGGGACUGAUGAACCUGCAGCAUUAUUUGCACUGAAAUUAAGAUCCUCUCCAUCUUAGCCCCUACAGUAUUUUGAGCACUCAUAAGUAUAACCAAACUGUGAUCCAAUCUUGAAUAUGAUUUAUGUCUCUGGGAAUAACAUACAGUAUAUAGUAUUUAAUCCCAGGAUGUAAAAGAUGCCAACGGUACCAUCCUAUAACUGUAGUCAAUCAAGAUUCAAAGUUAAUUCAAAGUUACGGUCAACAGACAAAUAGCAGAUGCGAUUAGAUGCAUGCUACAUGUUGUCCACUAGUGUAAAACUAAGAAAAUAUUCUUGACCAUGCUUUCUUUAAAUGCAUGUAAAGCUUUCGACAGGUUAGAAUGGUCUUUCUCGGAAUAAUUAUUGAUUAAUAUGAACAUUGGUGCUGUGUUUCACCAAGUAAUUAGCCAAUUAUACAGCGACUCACUUGCCUCUAUUAGAAUAAAGAAAUAUAAAACAAAGAUAACUGGAGUGAAGAAUGAGGCAGGGAUACCCAUUGUCACUCCUUUUAUUUGCCAUUGCCUUAGCAACUGCGAUAUAUUUAAAUCCAGUGAUCAAGGGAAUUUAAGCAGGACCAACAGACUAUAUAAUUAGUUUAUUUGGAGAUGACUUGGCUCCAUUUCUUCUGAAUCCUAAAGAGACAAUUCUAGAGUUGCAGUCUGAACUUUAGAAAUAUGGACCAAUGGCAGGUGUAAAAAUCAGCAC